GUCAGCCCGGCGCCGGUCCGCGGGGCUCGGGUCGCCCCCCUCUCCGAGACCGGCGGGGAGGGCCUGCGCGAGAUGAAGAAAGGACCUGCAGACUUCUGACCUUCCACUGGGGAAGAUACCCAUUCAAGUCCUUUCAGGAUGGUGAGCAGGUGGAGGCUGGACUGAGAGAUGCUGGCUUGAAGGGAGUCCCCGACGUGCAGGAGAGCCUCGUCGGGGGGCCAUGUCAACUCAGACCAUGGGCACCCGCAGUCUGGACAAGCGAGGAAGUUUCUUUAAGCUCAUUGACACAAUUGCCUCGGAGAUCGGCGAACUGAAACAGGAGAUGGUGCAGACAGAUGUCAGCCUGGAAAAUGGCCUGGGACCCACCGAAGCCCACAGCAUGGUAAGACACAAGGACGAUCACUACUCCGAGGAAACGGACGCCAAGACCUGCCCCCGGGACUCGGGCUACGACAGUCUCUCCAACAGACUCAGCAUCUUGGACCGACUCCUGCACACCCACCCCAUAUGGCUGCAGCUGAGCCUGAGCGAGGAGGAGGCAGCCGGAGUCCUGCAAGCGCAGCCUCCGGGGAUCUUCCUGGUUCGUAAAUCCACCAAAAUGCAGAAGAAGGUCCUCUGCCUUCGCCUGCCCUGUGAAUUUGGAGUCCCACUCAAGGAAUUUGCCAUAAAGGAAAGCACAUACACCUUUUCCCUGGAAGGCUCAGGAAUCAGCUUUGCGGAUUUAUUCCGGCUCAUUGCUUUCUACUGCAUCAGCAGGGACGUCCUGCCAUUUACCUUGAAGUUGCCUUAUGCCAUUUCAACAGCCAAGACCGAGGCUCAGCUUGAGGAACUCGCCCAGCUGGGACUAAAUUUUUGGAGCUCUCCAGCUGACAACAAACCCCCAAACCCUCCACCUCCCCAUAGGCCUCCCUCCUCCGACGGUGGCGGCGACGACGGCGUGGGUCCGGCCUCCUCGCGUCAGCUCUGCCUGAUAAAUGGAGUGCAUUCUAUAAAAACCAGGACGCCCUCGGAACUGGAGUGCAGCCAGACCAACGGGGCCCUGUGCUUUAUUAAUCCCCUGUUCUUCAAAGUGCACAGCCAGGACGUCGGCGGGGGCCCCCGGCGGCCCUGCACCCGGACUCCCGACGCGGAUGGCACCGAGAGGCCUCGGUCCCCGCCGCCCCGGCCCCCGCCGCCCGCUAUUCAUAGUCAGCCCGCCGGCCCCCAGCUGGCCGGGCCCGUGGCGCCCCCGGCCGGCAUGCCGGAAACCGUCGCCCUGCACCAGCCCGGGGACGCGGCGCGGCUUGGAGCGAAACCCACCCCCGUGCCUCCACCCCGGCUCAAGAAGCAGGCGUCUUUCCUCGAGGCGGAGGGCGGCGCCAAGACCUUGACCGGCGGCCGGCCUCGCCCGGAGCCCGCGGCGGGCCCGGCGGGCGGCGCAGGGGGGGGCCCUGCCCCAGCAGAGACGGAGGCGGAGGCGGUCCUGGCCUCCGGGGAUUGCGCAAGGGCCCGGCGCGCCGCCGCCUCGGCCUCGGCAUCCCGGCCCCCGUGGCGCGCGGGCCGCCAGCGGCUGAGUGACAUGAGCCUUUCCACUUCCUCCUCCGACUCGCUGGACCUGGACCGCAGCAUGCCCCUCUUUGGCUACGAGGCGGACACCAACAGCAGCCUGGAGGACUACGACGGCGAGAGCGACCAGGAGACCAUGCCCCCCCCCAUCAAGUCCAAGAAGAAGCGGAACAGCUCCUUCGUGCUGCCCAAGCUCGUCAAGUCCCAGCUCCGCAAGAUGAGCGGCGUCUUCAGCUCGUUCCUGACCCCGGAGAAGCGCAUGGUGCGCCGGAUCGCCGAGCUGGCCCGCGACAAGCGCACCUACUUCGGCUGCCUGGUGCAGGACUACGUGAGCUUCCUGCAGGAGAACAAGGAGUGCCACGUGUCCAGCACCGACCUCCUGCAGACCAUCCGGCAGUUCAUGACCCAGGUGAAGAACUACCUGUCCCAGAGCUCCGAGCUGGACCCCCCCAUCGAAUCGCUGAUCCCCGAAGACCAGAUAGAUGUGGUGCUGGAGAAGGCCAUGCACAAGUGCAUCCUAAAGCCCCUGAAGGGCCACGUCGAGGCCAUGCUGAAGCACUUCCACGUGGCCGAUGGCUCAUGGAAACAACUCAAGGAGAACCUGCAGCUCGUGCGGCAGAGGAAUCCCCAGGAGCUAGGCGUCUUCGCCCCCACCCCUGACUUUGUGGAUGUGGAGAAAAUCAAGGUCAAGUUCAUGACCAUGCAGAAGAUGUAUUCGCCAGAAAAGAAGGUCAUGCUGCUGUUGAGAGUCUGCAAGCUCAUUUAUACCGUCAUGGAGAACAACUCAGGGAGGAUGUACGGAGCAGAUGACUUUUUGCCGGUCCUGACCUAUGUCAUAGCGCAAUGUGACAUGCUGGAGCUAGACACGGAGGUCGAGUACAUGAUGGAGCUUCUGGAUCCGUCUCUGCUACAUGGAGAAGGAGGCUAUUACCUGACGAGCGCCUAUGGGGCCCUCUCCCUGAUAAAGAACUUCCAGGAAGAGCAGGCAGCGCGGCUACUCAGCUCUGAGGCCAGGGACACCCUGAGGCAGUGGCACAAGCGCAGGACCACCACCCGGACCGUCCCCUCGGUGGAUGACUUCCAGAAUUACCUCCGGGUUGCAUUCCAGGAGGUCAACAGUGGCUGCACAGGAAAGACCCUCCUUGUGAGGCCGUACGUCACCACUGAAGACGUGUGUCAGCUUUGUGCCGAGAAGUUCAAGGUGGCCGACCCCCGGGAGUACAGCCUCUUCCUCUUUGUGGACGAAACAUGGCAGCAGCUCGCAGAGGACACGUACCCACAGAAGAUCAAGGCCGAGCUGCACAGCCGGCCACAGCCCCACGUCUUCCACUUCGUCUACAAGCGCAUCAAGAAGGAUCCUUAUGGCAUCAUCUUCCAGAACGGGGAGGAAGACCUCAGCACCUCCUAGGGGACUCACGAGGCUUCCCAGUGGUGGAUCCAAAGAGGGAGACUUAGGAACCUGGCCUCUGGCGUCCACGGGCUUGUGCAGUCACCUCCUUGAGGACCCGUGACCGAGCCAUCCACAGGCCCACUUGGCCAAGGGCAUCUUUAACCAUGACUCCCCAGCGAGCUCGCUGAGGUUCAGCAAAGAGAAGGAGAGUUGGAGAGUUGCAUCCAAUGGUUCAAGUGUCCCCGGAUAGCUUGCUGCCUACCCCUCAGCCAGGUUUCGGGUUGGCUCACGUGUGUGUAUAUGUACUGAAUAAACAUUGAAGUACCAGCUCUUCUCUCGAGUUCAGCAGCAGGCGUUUGACAAGACUGUCCGAUGCAGUGCAUCAAGGACCUCUCAGAUCUGUGGAUGCCUUCAUCCACCCUUCCUUCCUUCCUUCCUUUUUUUUUUUUUUACAAAGAGCCUUUGUGUUUUUAUAUAUUUCAUAGAAGAUUUUAUAGCAGUUGCAGGUAAACUGUCAGGAUUGGUUUUUAAAAUAUUUUUGUAACUUUUAAGAUAUUCUAUAAUUAUGCAUGUGAUUUUAACAUUGAUGCAAAAAAGAAAUCUCUUGCUGGAUUUGAGAGUAUUGCAUUUUAUAAGUCUCUCUUCCGUAACUGGAUGUUUCGGCCACUUUGUGGGGAGAGACUGCUGGGUUUCUUACAGCGAUGACGCUGGCCACAGAAUGCCUUUAGGAAUCUGAUGUACUCUUGUUACCUUGUUCACGCUCAGUGCUAUCAUGUUUUGUGUUUUCACCAAGUGAUGCUGAGGAUCAGGAGAGAAAUGAAUGUAGAGAGAGACUGAGAGGGAAAUACAGACUCUUAACAGAAGGCUAAGGAGUGGAGCCUGCUGGUUCAGGCUCCUUAAAGGAAGUGGGGAAAGGAGAUAGAAGGAACCACCUAUGCUGAAAAUACUGCAAAUAUGCAGUGAGGUUUGCAAAAUCUGUCCCAUGUUAUUUGCUUUUGGAAGCAAUUUUGAAAACCCCAUGAGGGGAAAAAAAAAAAAUUGGAGCAACAGGUUUCCCCCCCCCCCCUUUCCACAUAAAUCAAAACUAACAGCAUCAAAUUCUUUGGGGCAGAAACCAUAUAAUGUGAGUUUCAUCGAGUUAAAUAAAUACCAUUUGGAAAGGAGUUUGCCGAUGCACCAAAAAGCCUGUCUGUGUUGUAGGAAUAUGUGGUGAAGUUCAAUUUCUGUUUUACAAUACCUGUUUGGGUGGGGGUCAGGGGGUUGCACAGAGAAUGAGUUCUCGUAUUCGUGUCACACAGGUAGUUAGGGAAAUAUGUUAUUGUACUGUGUAAAGAUGCCCAGUCAUCUGAUUUGUUUGGCUUUCUACUUUGUACCUUUUCAAGCUUUUGCUGUACAUCUGGAACCCUCAACACAUACUGUGUUGUACUUCCUUUUGUAAAUGAUUUUUAAUGGAGUUUUGCACAUAACUCUUUGUAAUA